UUCCUGGGGUUGCAACCCAAACCUCUUCACUUUCUCUCUCACCUCACUACUGCAUGAUAAUUCCAGAUCUCUCUAGACCAAGGCUGCAUCAGUGAUUCAUAGCUGAGUGCAUGUUAAAGGGGGAAAAGAAAUCACCCCUUUUUUGUAAGAGAUUUGGUUUAGUCCAGGCCUCUGUAGAUUGUGCUUUAGUGCUGGAUGUUGCUAGAAUGUGCCUUUUGGAGGAAGGGAGGGGGAUCAGUCAGAUUAAUAGAGCUGCUCUGCGGGAUUACACUAUUACAACAGUGCAUAAGGUUUCAUCUAAACAGACCAAAACAAGCAUCUCUUUAUUUGCAACAAAUUAGUGGAAUAGACACAAAAGGAAGAGUGAAGAAAUACAGAAGAACUAUAUAGGACGAUUGAUCAAAACAGACAUUUAUCAUGACUCAAGGCAAGCUUUCAGUGGCAAACAAGUCGAAUGAAGGCUCAUCACUGCCUCCACCACCUCCAAGCUAUGAGGAGGCCACUGCAGGUGGAAGCCCCAGUUACAGUGGCAACUAUCCUGAUGAGGGAGAAAUGUUCACAGAGUUCUGCUGGGAUGACCUGAACGUACGCCGAACAUUUAUACGGAAGGUCUAUGCCAUCCUCGCACUCCAGCUCUCUGUCACCCUGGCCAUUGUGUCUCUCUUCACUUUCUGUGAUCCCAUAAAGGACUAUAUUCAGUCUAAUCCUGGAUGGUACUGGGCAGCAUACGCAGUGUUCUUUGUAACCUACCUGACACUGUCCUGCUGUGCUGGACCGAGGAGGCAGUUUCCAUGGAACCUGAUUCUGUUGGCCAUCUUUACUCUGUCUCUUUCAUAUAUGACAGGAAUGUUGUCCAGUUACUACAAUACCAAGUCUGUGAUGAUCUGUUUGGGUAUUACAGUCCUGGUCUGUCUCACCGUCUCAGUUUUUAGCUUUCAGACAAAGAUUGAUGUGACCUCAUGUCAGGGUGUGCUGUUUGUCACGUUCACCUCAUUCUUAAUAUGUGGACUGGUCCUGGCUUUUAUUCUUCCCUUUGGCCAUGUUCCUUGGAUGCACACUGUGUUUGCUGGGCUGGGAGCGAUACUGUUCAGCAUGUUUCUGGCAUUCGACACACAGCUUCUGAUGGGAAAAAAGCGCUACACUAUAAGCCCAGAGGAGUACAUCUUUGCCACACUCAAUAUCUACCUGGAUAUUGUGUACAUCUUCUCUUUUUUUCUCCAGCUUUUUGGAAAUCAGAGGGAGUGAGCCGAGCUUAACCCUGCUCUCCUAAUUAAUGCAUUUCCAGGGCUAUAUGCAAUGUGAAGUUACAUCUCACCCCGUUGUAUUCUGGAGUGAUUUGCCAUCUUGUGAGAAUCACAGUGUGUAUUGUUAUUUGCAUUGCAUUAGAAAUUCAUAAUACUCCAGUAUUUUCAAGCUAAUCUCUACCAACCAGAUCUGUAGUUUGUUUGUGUGAUUAGCCCAGACAAGAAUAGAAAACUUAUUUAUCCAAAGCUCACUUAGAAUCCCACUAAGAAACAGCUACUGGAUUAAAUUCAGAAAUAUUUAGAAGGCAUGAUGAUAUAACACAAAUUCAAAACUAAUAGCUACACUAACGUUAAAGGUCUUAGGAAGGGAAACAUGGGAGAAGGUCUUAGCAAAAUUGUUAUGUAGUUUUAGUCAACCUUCCAAUACCAGAACAAUUCUGGUUUGUUUUCUGAAGGCUUUGUAGUGUCCAUGUGCCAUCAGUCUGAAACCUGGGCCCUUUCAUGUUUGUGUCUAUGCAGAAAACACAUAGCCACAAAUUUCGAUGUAGAACAAAUCCCUUUCACUGAAAAAUUCACAAAGCCAUUCAACCAAAACUUUCUGCAUAAGCAGCCUUUAAAUAUAUAUAAGUAAAUAAGUAGCCAUAGCAAAGCUAAUAAUGGGUGAAUGGUACUACUACUACUACUACUACUACUAAUAAUAAUAAUAAUUAUAAUAAUGCAUAUUUAUGCUGUAUUUUUUAUGUGAGGCAAAUCUCAAACUGCUACAGGGUAAAAAUGAUACAUAAGAUAAACUAUGUUAAAAGGCAAAGUACUUUAAAGGCCUUAAAAUUAUACAAAAAUAUGGAAAUUAUACUAAGAUAUUAAAAUGGGCAUAAUGAAAUUUAUUGAAUUGCAUAUUGCAUAAAAAGACACAACAGUGCAAAUUAAUAGGUCAUAAAAUAUUAAAGAAUAUACUGUUGCAAAACCACAAAGUUAGCCAUUUUUAAAAAAUUAACAUUUUUAAUUACUCUCUUAAGCAAAAUAGUAGUAUGGCAGAAAUGAUCUAAAAUCUGAAAAAUGAAUAGUUAUUGAUUCGCUCCACUAUAUCAGAGAAAAUUGUAUUUAUAUAUUGAUAAACUAUCCUAGCUAAGAAUAAUCCUGGAUAUAUUUUAAAAAAAAAUGCAUAAAAAGUUUAAAAAAGAAAUACCAAAUACUCGAUCAGUCGUAUCUGAUGCUGUCAUAUUUGAAAAUUUUGUAAUAAGAAACACUCUGAGCCUCACAAGAUGCAGAUACCUUCCCAACACAAUGCAGCGUGAGAUAACUCCAUGUUCCCUGUAGCCUUCUUUCUCUGUUUAAUUCCUGUUUCUAGUUUGAAUGAUCCUGUCCUCUCAGUGUUUUAUUGUAAUGUUUGGUCCUUGAGCUAAGCUUCUCUCCUGCUCCAGUGAUUGCUCCACAUCUUUAUCCUGUAAUUCUGAAGUAGGAUGUACAGAACUACAUCUAUGAAAGGAUAGAUGCAAUUUAAAUACAAGUGUGUAUGACAAAAGAAAAAUGUGUUACAUGCAUACAUGUACAGUGCCAGUAUUUCUCAUGUGCUUUAAUAUAAACUAUGAAACUGAAUACUUUUCUUGUGAAGGAAAUGAGCAAUUAUGUUAUAUUAAAAAACACCUAGAUGCAUAGAACCAUCAUAACUAGAUGAAAUUCUUUUAGGCUGUUCUGAAGCUGUAUUUCCUCCUUGAUAAAGGGCCCAAGGUUGGUCUAGUUGCACGUCAACAUGUGUAUAGAUAAUUUCUAUAAAAUGUAUUUUGUGGAGAUUGUAUGCAAAGCUAAUGUAUGUUUUCUGCUUUUUCUAAAAUCCAUUCAGCACAUGAUUCGCAGUCUUUCACUUUCUCUCACUGGUGAAUAUGUUUCUGUUUGACCUGCAGUGGUUUCUACAGAUUUUCCUCACUGUCAGUACUGGCAUCAUUCUCAUUAGCAUGAAAUUAUUUAUUUAUUUAUGAUAUUCUUUCUCAGCAUUGUUCAAUUUUUAUGGUUUUUUUUUUUUUUUUUAUUAUUUUUUGAAAUAAGACUGUAGUGAGGGAUCUUGACUGUGCAGGGUGGUUUUUACUUUAUAGAAAAGUGUAAAAAAAAAUAAUUACAAAAGUAGUUUUGAUGGUAUAUAUAUUUUUGAUAGAAAGUAACAGAAGAAUUGUGAAAUGUGAUGUAAAUAAUAUAAUCUUAUGUGUCAAAUGUUCGUCAUGCAUAUAAGCCUGAUGCCUAUCUCUGAGACACGAAUAAAUAGCAGGCAUGUUUUAUUGAA